AUGAGCGCUAAAAGGAAAUCUGAGGCCCCGUAUCUGACUACUACCGAACUAACUGCAGCAAGAAAAAUUAUUAUCAAACACAUACAACAAAUACAAUUCAAUCAAGAAUAUAAACAACUUUUGAAAAACGAAAAUGUGUCGAAAAGGAGCGCAAUUAUGAAGCUGAACCCCUACUUAGACGAAGAUAAGAUAAUUCGCGUGGGCGGCCGCCUCCAAAACUCAAACUUACCUGCGGAAAUGAAAAACCCAAUUAUCAUACCACAUAAAGGUCGAUUAACGCAACUUUUGAUUGAAUAUUCCCAUUUAACUACACUGCAUGGAGGAGCUCGGCUAACGCUGACUUACAUACGACAGCGAUAUUGGAUCGUCGGAGGCAACAGGGCUGUCAAAACUCAACUACGAAAAUGUGUGCGCUGCCACCGUUUCACACAAACCGACAACCAUCAACUGAUGAGUAAUCUUCCGCAACAGAGAGUAACCCCAUGCCGACCCUUUACAUUUACAGGGGUUGACUACUCUGGUUACAUCGAACUGAAAAUAAACAAAGGCAGAGGUGUUAAAACUUCUAAGGGAUACAUUGCAAUAUUCAUAUGUAUGGCUACCAAAGCCGUACAUAUUGAACUUGUUUCCGAUCUCGGCACUGAAACAUUCAUAGCAGCUUUUCAACGACUAUGCGCAAGGCGUGGUACCCCUAAACAUAUGUACUCAGAUUGUGGAACUAAUUUCAUCGGCGCGGCAAAAGUGCUAGGUCAGGAAUUCAAAAACUUCAAACAAAUCAUGACACCCGAAUUUUUUGAUGAAUUAGCUAAACUGGAAGUCGAGUGGCAUUUUAACGCCCCUGCCUGGCCGAGCGCGGGCGGUUUGUGGGAAGCCGCCGUCAAAUCCAUGAAACGACAUUUACGACGAGUGCUAGGUGACCAGAAACUCACCUACGAGGAGAUGUCAACGCUACUAACAAAAAUAGAAGCCUGCUUAAACUCGAGGCCCUUGUGUCCUCUUACUGAAGAUCCAGAAGAAUUUUACAACUGUUUAACACCCGGCCAUUUCAUCACUGGCGGCGCGAUAAUGACGUUACCAUUAUCAGAUUACACUGACGUUCACAUUGGCGUACGUCGUCGAUGGCAACUUGUAGAACAAAUGUUACAACAAUAUUGGAAAAAUUGGUCCAACGAGUACCUAACACAACUGCAAACUCGGAGUAAAUGGAACAAACCUACGAAAAAUAUCAACGUCGGCGAUAUCGUAUUGAUUAAGGACAACAACUUACCUCCUGGAAAAUGGGCUUUAGGGCGGGUGCUCGAAACUCAUCCAGGUUCUGACGGAUAUGUCCGAGUUACGACCAUCAAAACUCGAACAGGAGUAACCAAACGUCCCGUAACAAAACUAUCACCUUUACCGUUGGGGUCUGAAAUCGAAAACCAAGAAGGAGAUCCCACAACUAAGGAGGAACAAAGGUCAAAUUUUGAAAGCAAAAACAAAAAAGGCAGAGAUUAA